ACUCACAUUCAUAUCCCAUGGACGUUACCUAUGUACGAAAUUGAUGUCUUAUGACAAUAAUUAAGAAGCCCUCCUGUUACUGACUUUUGCAAUCUGAUGUAUAUAGGACCUGAAGUUAGAAGUUAAGGCAUAUCAUAAAUUUUUUCAAUGGAAGGUGAAGCUCAAGAAAACAAAGCGAUGGAGUUCAAGGAGAAGGAGGAAGAAGAGGUAACAGAGCCAGUGAGCCCAACUGGACAGUACUUCAACAGCUCAGUCCUUUCUAUAUGUGUUCUUGCUGUUUUGGAAUCAGAAGUUCCAAUUGAUGACUCACUUACCAUGACAUUGCUCAAGGAUGUGUUCCUUCCAAUAAAUCCUCGUUUCUCUUCAAUCAUGGUUAAUGAUAAAAAUGGUGAAAAACAAUGGAAGAGAGUUGAGGUGCAGCUCCAAAACCAUGUUAACAUUCCAAUCUUUCCAAUUGGGUUGUCAACAACUUCUUAUGACAACUACUUCAAUGACUACAUAUCAAGAACAGCACUGAAGCAAUUUCCACAAAGCCAGCCUUUAUGGGAAAUUCAUCUUGUGAAAUAUCCCACCAGCAAAGCAGCUGGAAAUAUCAUUUUCAAGCUUCACCAUGCACUUGGAGAUGGCUUUUCUCUCAUGGGAGCUCUUCUUUCUUGUCUACAAAGAGCCGAUAAUCCUUCUCUUUCUUUAACAUUUCCUUCACUUCAAUAUCCUUCAAAUCCAGACUGCAGCUUUAGUAAGUUGAACAUCACUGUACCGAAAUGUAUUGGUUCGAUCUUUAACACUAUUUCUGAUUUCGGAUGGAGCCUUCUGAAGAGUAGCUUUGUUGAAGAUUCUCGCUCACCUAUACGAUCUGGGGAUGAAGAAGUCCAGUUUAAGCCGAUUGUGAUUUCAACAAUCACAUUCUCUCUCGAUCACAUCAAACAAAUUAAGUCCAGACUUGGAGUGACGAUAAACGAUGUGAUUACUGGCAUAAUUUUCUACGGAACACGAUUAUAUAUGCAAAAUGUUGAUGAUAAAUCAACCAAUGCACAUUCCACAGCUUUGGUGUUGCUUAAUACUAGAGUCAUUAGUGGGUACAGAUCAGUAAAGGAAAUGGUCAAGCCUGAUGCUGAGUCACCAUGGGGGAACCAGUUCGGAUUCCUGCACGUUUCGGUGCCUGAAUUAACUGAUUCCAGGUUUUCUAAACCUCUUGAAUGCGUCACAAUAGCGCAGGAAAUCAUCCAGAGGAAGAGAAGUUCUCUUGCUGUUAACCUCACUGGUAGGCUCCUGGAGGUUCUGAGGAAGUUUAGAGGCCCUGAGCUUGAUUUGAAGAACAAUGAGUGUGUAACUUUGCAGGCAACGGCCAAGUACAUCAAACAAACACUAUUCAACUCAAGCAUGACAAUCUCAAAUAUCAUUGGCCCUGUUGACAAAAUGGCUUUGGCUAAUCAUCCAAUUAAAGGCUUCUAUUUUAUGGUAGUUGGUGUGCCCCAGAGUCUUACCAUAACAAUGGUAAGUUAUGCAGGAAAGCUAAAAGUAGCUGUGGGAACAGAGAAAGGAUUUAUGGAUUCUCAAAAAUUCAAGUCCUGCAUGGAGACAGCCUUUGAAAUGAUAUUCAAAUCUUCAUGUGAGAUACCUUCAGGGAUCAUAUAAUUUGAAGGGUCGAAAUAAAUCUGCCUUGAGAAUCUUCUUUCGUUUCUUUUUCAGCCAAAACAUAAAGUCUUCUUCCAAGUCUACAGAUGAGGAUUUGUAAGGCAUUAUUACCAUAUAUACUGAAUUAUUACAUAUAUUUCUGCUGGAUAUUGAAUAACGAUGUUAUAUGCAAUAUUGCAAUUAUUUUGCUCUCUGGAAUAUACAAAUAAGAAAUAUAUUUCUUUCUUAUGUA